CAAAACCAUCAGAACUAGAGAUCUAGGCAGCUUUUACUGUCAACUCAGUUCGGUUACUUAUCGUUCUUCGUGGUUGCUGAAUCGUAGAUUAUAUUCUAACAUUGUCAGUCUCUGCGACUGCGCUCAACUGAACAUUAUAAGUUACAAUAAAAUUUAGUUUUUAACAUAUUUAAGCUAUUAUCCGUGAACAAAAGUGUUGUUACAGGUAAAUAACUUAUUAUUAAGCAGAAAAGCUUGGGUUUUACAUUCGAGAAAUAGAUAUUGUGAUCGAUAAAAAUUACUUAUUUACAAUAAAUAUGAGAAAUUCAACACUACUAAAAUGGGCGCAGAAUUCAGCAAAUAAUAAAAAUCAACCAACUAAAAAUGGAGGAACAAAUAAAGACUGGAUUCAUCCACCAGAUGCCCUUCAAAAAGGUCAUAUUGCUUACCUAGUCAAGUAUUUAGGAAAUACUGAAGUAGAUCAACCCAAAGGCAUCGAAGUCGUCAAGGAUGCAAUAUGUAAGCUCAAGUUUUCUCAGCAACUGCGUAAAAGUGAGGGCACAAAGAUACCCAAGGUUGAACUCACAAUCAGUAUUGAUGGUGUAGCAAUUCAAGAGCCUAAAACGAAGACUACACCGAAGCGAAUUAUGCAUCAAUAUCCAUUGCAUAGAAUUUCUUACUGUGCUGAUGAUAAAGGAGAAAAAAAAUUCUUUAGUUUUAUUGCAAAAGAAGAAGAUGCAGAUCGACACACAUGCUUUGUAUUCGUUAGCGAUAAACGAGCUGAAGAAAUAACAUUGACUAUUGGCCAAGCUUUUAGUUUGGCUUACAGAAGAUUUCUUGAAACUUCAGGGAAAGAUUUAGAAACACAAAGAAGAUGUAUGUUACUUCAACAAAAAAUACGCCGGUUAGAGCAUGAAAAUAAUACAUACCGGCAACGAUUACAGGAUAUUUGUGCUAUAAAAGGAUCGGUAGAUGUACAAUCUUAUUUGGUACAUCACAAUCUUCCUGAUAUUCUUCAUGUGCCAACAAACACUGAUUCAAAUUCGAAAGAAAACUCUCGACUUAAUGGUAAUAGUCAACUAUCAAUUAAGAAUGAUUCCAAUGGAAACUCAUCUAGUGAUACAACGCAACCACCUCCAGUUCCUCCUAGGAAUUUUGAUAAAACCUUUGAUGAUGAUUUUAUUACUAACGAAUCAACUACAGCUCCAAUAGUUGGUACGAAGCUUGAAGGUUUGCUCAUGGAAGAGUUUGAAGAAGAUUUCAAUCCUCGAGCUUAUGAAACUGCUGCUAAUGGUUUUGACAGUCAUUCUAAUUCUAUUUCUAAUGGACAACUUAGUAGUCCUCUUAAUUCCAUUAAUGGAAAUAGUCCAACUCCACCACUUCUUGCACCACCGCCCAAGGCGAAAGAUUCUAGACGACAGAAUGGAGUGAAAGAAGAUUUAUUUGGAAGUGUCCCCUUUAAUCCUCCAGCACCAGCAAGCUCUAAUGAUUUUAAUGAUGAUCCAUUUGAAAUGGGAGAGUUUGCGACACUUUCAGUGUCUAGUCCGAGUCAACAAGAACUUGAAAAUGCCAUUGGAUUGUUGGAUAAAAAGAUACUAGAAAUGAAGGAUGGAUUUAGUCGAGGACUUUCAAUGGGAACUGAUGAUUUUUCAUUAGAAAGUUUAGAUCCACUUCGGAAUUGAUGGAGAUUCAAUAAAAUGCAGAAGAUUUAUAAUUAUAAUGUAAUUGUCAACAUUGAAAAAAAAAUUGUUUGAUAAGUAAUUGAGAAUAUUUUUAUAAACAUUCAGGAUAAACUGAAUAGUUGAGAUAUUUAAUAUUUCAAUCAUUCUUUUAAACCAAAAUUAGUAUGUACCAUAUAUUUAAAUUUAAGCUCAUACUCGGCAUUUUUUGAUUUUAGAAAUUUUGCAUAUUGUGCCUUUUAAAUACUAUUUUAUUAAUUUAAAAAUCAAUAUGAUAAGCCUACCAUUUGAAAAUUUUCA